AUGUCGGAGUCAGAGAACGCUACAAAUAACACGGGGAACGCGCUCAUCUUGGCACAGAUACACCAGAGUAUUCUGAUUAUCCGUACACCAAACGAAGUUGAGGAAGCCCUCGCCUUGGUGUCCGUUGCCCCCGACUACCUUAGGCCCCGUUAUUGUCAAGUCGAUAUCGGCCUGGACGAAGGCGCACCUACAUCUGCAGCGCAGAUAUGUCGUCUUCUUCAGCUUCUCCCGGAGGUUGAAGAUCUCUGCAUCACUCUCCCGCUCGCUAUCGCCCAGGGCGCUUUCAACCGCGUGUUCCUUCGCAGCCUCACCAAGUUUUCCACCAACUUGCAGUUCUCCACCAUCUCCAAGUUCUUGUCUUUGCAUCCCCGCAUCGACACGAUCGCUCUUAUGUGCCAGCCCACCAUUCCCUAUGAACCUUACGCCGUCUCGCCGAUCCUCAAUCAACUCCGCGUUCCCUUCCUUGGCCUCCACACCCUUUCCGUGGACGUUAACCACGUCGGGGACUGCAUGUCCGACAGUCUGGAGCAAAUUUUGAAGAAUACCGUCAUUCGCCAGACACUAUUCCCUCACCUCCGACGCUUGAUCGUCCAGACGACACCCGGAGAUGUGCCACUGAUGCGGGCGAUAUCUCGUGUCUUCCCCAAUGUUUCCGACCUUACUAUAACGGAAACGACUGGGAUACCUGGUCGGACUCUUCGAGACCGCGUCAUGGUCAGACGGCCGUGGAGUGACGUUGCGGAUUGGCGUCAGCUGCUGCGCAGUCUGCAGUGCCUUGAACACCUAUCCCUGUACGUUACUUGUCCGCUGUUCUCUGGCGACCUCGGCGACAUCGACGGGGAGUGGGGAACGAUUGACGGGUGGAUCACAUUGAAUCCUCCUGGGCUUCCCCACCCUACGCUUCGUCGCAUCCAAUUGGCGUACUCCGCGCAGUCUGGCUUUCCCCCUGGGGUGUUGUCGACGUGGCAGCGCAUCUGUGUAGAAAGUAUCGAGGACUCUGGUCAUCAACAGAGCCAAGUGCUUGAAGGUGGCCUGGAAGGUAGUCAGAUAACGCAUAUCUGCGUAACGCCGCUUCAAAGACGCGAGUUUCGGGGCGAACCACUCGCUAGGGAGGUCGGCUUCCGGCGGAGUGAUCAAGGCUUUCGCAAGGGACUCGUAGCAGUCAUGAAGGGAAAUCAGGUCUUGUCCAAGUCCGUGCAGCUUCCCGGCGACAUCGUCGCAUGCUCCGCGCAGCCCUUCGAGCUCCGCCGCGAUCUGAACGAGCUUACUUCGAUCAGCUGCACACUGAGACUUCAGAGCCGACAUGUCCAGCUCGAUGCCCGCCUGGCCAUCCCGCAACGUUGCUAUGUGUUCGAUCUCCGAAGUUGCUGCGGCAUUCCUGUCCGAGUUGUGCAUGGCAUCUGUGAUGCCGUCGGGAUCAACUUGAGCGCCGCAGCAUUAUAA